AACGUAUAACCUUGUGUUUUAUUUUGGAAUUUUUGAAGAAAAUUGAAAUAAUGAAUGGUAUUUUGACUAAUAAUAUGAUAUUUACAGAGGUUAUGUUGAUAUUUCUAAUGCUGUCCUCGUCUUGAAUUAAAAGGACGGAUAAGCUAGUGUUGUUGGUAAUAAUUAAAGGGGUCCACCAGCAAUGUCAAAUUCAAUGCAAUUAUUAUAUAAAUCAUCAUGAUCGACAUUAUAUAAAUGAUGUAAUUAAUAUGAUUUAUUACUACAGUAUUUCAUUGGAUAAAGAAUAUCUCUCGUCCAUUCACUUGAAAUCUAGUGUAUAUUCUAAAGGUUAAAGAAUCAAAAUGGCUAUGACAAGGACCUCUGGUUUCAGUCCAAAGGGCUAUAAAGCCUUUCACAGUUUGUCAAAGAAUAUAUUUUGUCAUCAUGGACCAUCUGUGGAUAUGACUUUCACGACAUUCAUCAAGCCCAAACACAUUCAUGUGAGAACAUAUUCCUCGAUUUUAAACAUCUUUCAUUCGUCUAAAAGCAAUGGAACAAAACAAUUAUUCAAAAGUCAAGUUCUUAAUAAUAAUAAAGGUUUUAGAGGUAGUAGAUUGAAUUUAUCUUCCAAAUUAAAUUCCCCUAAAAUGCAGAGAAAAUGGUUGAAACGUUUUAGUGGUUUGACAGUAAUUACAAGUGCUGCUAGUGGAUUAUAUUAUUUAAAUUUAAACGAACAGGAGAGACGAAAGAUACGGGUAGCAAUUGGUGGAUUUCGAAGAUUUUUCAGAUCAUUUAGAAUAGGUUCACUAAUAUCAUUAGAUUAUAAGUGGAAUCUGUAUAAUUUACAAGAAGAAAGUGAAGAAUAUGAACAAGCUAUUAAGGGUUGUCAUCAACGAGCAGCAGAUCGUAUUCUGAACGGUUGUUUAAAGAAUGGUGGGUUGUAUAUAAAAUUAGGACAAGGAUUAGUAUCAUUAAAUCACAUUCUACCUCGAGAAUAUAUCAAUACGUUAGUACAGCUACAAGAUAGAGCUUUGAUUAGAGGACCCCAUGAGGUUGAAGCAUUGUUUUUAGAAGAUUUUGGAAAGUUACCAUUAGAGGUAUUUAAAGAAUUUGAAUCACAACCUAUAGCAGCUGCAAGUCUGGCUCAGGUACAUAGGGCAGUAACAUUUGAAGGUGACAGGGUAGCAGUUAAGGUGCAGUAUAUUGAUUUAAGAGAUAGAUUUUCUGGUGAUAUUAAAACUUGUGAAAUUUUAUUAAGAUUAGUAGAAUGGAUUCACCCAAAGUUUGGUUUUUCCUGGGUACUUAAGGAUUUGAAAAAUACAUUAGCGGAAGAAUUAGAUUUUGAAAAUGAAGGAAAAAAUGGUGAAAUGUGUGGAAGAGAUUUGAAACAUUUAUCCUAUAUUUAUGUUCCUAAAGUUCAUUGGAAUAAAACAACAAAGAGAGUACUAACAACAGAAUAUAUAGAUGGUGUUAAGAUAAGCAAUCAACAAGCUAUAAAAUCCAUGGGAUUAUCGUUAAAAGAUAUAGAUUUUAAAUUAGUGCGAUGUUUUUCUGAUCAAAUAUUUCUCUCAGGCUUUGUACAUGCUGAUCCACAUCCUGGCAACAUAUUUAUUCGUCCAGGAAAAGAUGGAAAAGCUCAGUUAGUUUUAUUAGAUCAUGGAUUAUAUGAUCGUUUAUCUCCAAAAGAUAGACAUAAUCUAAGUCAUAUGUAUAAAGCUAUUGUAUUAAAUGAUGAAGUAAAGAUGGAACAUUUUUCACAUGAGUUGGGUGUUGACGAUUUUCACAUUUUUGCCAUCAUGGUGAAACAAGGGCCGGUAAAAUUGAAAACUAAGCGUUUAUUCCGUACUAAACCAUUUACAAGAAAAGAAUGGAAAAAUUUGACCCCAGAACAGAAAGCGGCUAUGAAGGAAGAAUUUGAGGUUAUACACUUCCGGGUUUUAGAAGUUAUGAAAACUAUGCCAACUGCUCUUAUAUUUAUUUUUAGAAAUUUAAAUACUAUUCGUGCUAUUACUAGAGAACAUAAUAAUACAGUUGAUAGAUAUGGUAUAAUGGCUAGAAGUGCUAUAAAAGGAACACAUCUAGGAGUGAACCAGAAACUAGGAUUAACAGCCUUGUUGAGUUCAUGGUGGGAUAGUUGCCUUUAUGAUAUUAAAAUACAAAGUGAAAGUAUUAAAAUGAGGAUUUUUAUGGCUGUUGGUAGACUGUAUCUACGAGUCUUACAUUGGAUGGGUCGUGCCCCGUCAUUAUCAGAACUUGAAGAAAUAGCUAAAACAGAAGCAAAAAGAUUUGAAGGAUUAUGAUGAAGGGAGAUAUCCUAGAAACAAACAUUUGAAUGACAUAUACAGUAAAAUAGAAAAAUAUUGUGAUUAAACAAAAUAGGACAACAGUUAAUCAUUGUGAUAACUCUUAGAAAUCCUAUUUUUGUAAUUGGUUAUCAUUUAUAGUUCAUAGAAAACACAUCCAUGGGUAUCAUCUGAAUUUAUUUUAACUUGUUACUUUUAAGCUAACUUGAAACUGUAUUAAGAUAAAUCAUCGGGAUGUUGUGAUUAUUGUAAAUAUAUUUUAUAUUCAUAUAACUAAGAUAUAUAUUAGGAAUUAUAUGAGUGAAUAUAGAAUGGUAAUUGUUAAUGUUAUAUGAUAAAGUUUUGUUAGUUGACAAUGAAUAAACCAAUUUUAAUGUA